UUCUCGGCCUUAAACACCACGAGGCAGUAUGGUGGGAACGCCACAUUUCACUUCACCAUGCAACACACGCCCUAUCCGGCGCCAACCGUUGAAUGGUUUCACGACGGAUCUCGAAUCGAUGCAAACACAGACAGGGUGCAAUUGUCCAAUGGCAGUUUGUCGUUGACAUUGAUCAACCUGACGCUCUCAGACGAGGGAGCUUACACCUUCAUGGUGAGAAAUGACCAAGGAUCUGAUAGUGCAAUGUUCAACAUGGAUAUUGCAGUCCCGCCAUGUCCAAGUCUGCAGAGACGCGCUGCCGAUGGAGUCAGCUGUAUCCAGUGCUCCUGUGACGCCAAUGCAACAAAGAGCUGCAAUGAUAGCGAUAGUUGCACCUGCCUGGACAACUAUUCCGGACUCACGUGUCAAGACUGCGCCGCGGCUUACUACCGAACGGAGGAGCAGUGCGUUCCGUGUUCAUGCAAUCCACAUGGUUCCCAUGACAACGUGUGUGACCAGGGUACUGGACAGUGCAGCUGCAUGCCCGGCUUCAACGGAACAAAAUGCUCAGAAUGCCCGGACGGCUUCUUCAUCCCGGACCCCAGCAUUGAAAACACGACAUGCGUAGCCUUUGACUCUAACGAAACGUGUCAAGCAUGCUAUUGUUCAGUGGCCGGCUCAGUCAGCAGUGUGUGUGCUAAUGGAGCAGGAAUAUGUCAGUGCAGACCAGGUUACACUGGAGAUAAGUGUGAUUCGUGUACCAGUCCCGGACAGUUCUAUGCUACUAAUGCUGGUUGCACAGAGCUGAGCGAUGAGCUCUUCACCGGCAUCAAGUCGUCCCUGGUUCAAGGCAGUGUUUUGAAUCUGUCCUAUGAGUUUGUCUACGGCUCACAGUUCACCCAUCAUGGACAAGUCUCAGUGUCAUAUGAUGGAUUUAUGUCCCUAAAUGGUAUUUCUGGAGGUGAAGACAUCAACUUCCGGGUGACAGAAGAGGAUGCCGUCAUUGCCCCCUACUGGACAUCACGCAACGGAAAUCAGUCG